ACGUACCAGCUGCAGCAAAGCAUCAGGUUUGUUUGGAGAGUAAGGCCGCAUGGACUGACAAUAAACCAUCUUCUUAUUCCAAUCCUCAUCUGACAGUCAAAUACAAAACCAGGAGUGGCCACUGUCAAUCAUGCCAAGCAGCUGUACCCUCUGCGCAAGAUUCCUGUUCGUCUGUGUGCUGGUCUGUGCAGCUGUAGCGUUACUUGUCACGUUUUCAGACGCUGCAAGAGCCAGUACCAAAGCAACCCAGGAGGAAAACGGAGUGAAGCACACUAUCUUAAGACCUUUAUACAAUCCAUAUAGCCGUCAUCCUCCUCUCUCUAGCCUUUCAAUCCAAACUGAGAGUGAACUCAAAGCCGGAACAAACACUAAUGCUGAGACUAUGAAAAACCCUCCUGAUAAAGAGGAUUUCUUGGUGACUGGCUAUCAAUCACGGCCUGUACAGUCUACACAAGGAAGCCUCAGUUCUGGGAAAAUCCUAGAUGACAAACACAUUGAGCCUCAGCUGGGAAUCACCAGAAUGAAGAGAGGCUACUACAUGAAAAGAGUGAAGCCAGCCAGUACUGUUUACACUGGUUCCUUUGAGAGACAGCGAGCCACUCCAAACCAUCAUCAUCUCUCUCACACACAGGCACCAAGCAACCAGAAGAGUCAAUUUGUGAACUUUCAAAACGCUGUCGCCUUUGGCAAGCACACCGUUUCCGAUAGGCCUGGUUCUGUCGACAUAGUAGCCAGAUCUGGAAGAAUUUUUAGUACGUUCCCACCGAUUAUCCGAAAAACAUCGCAGUCAGAAGAUUUUACUGCUGGCAAUCCUUUUCACCAGAGGUCCAGUCUUUCUGUAGCCAAGAACCCCAGUGAUGCUCAAGAGUCCUAUGGCCAAGGGAAAUUUCCUGGAAGGGACUUUUCAAAGGUGACUGAAAGCAGAAGUGAUCAUCAUUCUGAAGGUAAAACAGUUUUCCAAUCCUUUAAUCCUUCUCCCUUUUCAUCACAGAGUGGCAGAUAUUGGAGUAGCUCACUGCCAAGCUCAGGAGGGCAUUAUGGUGGCUAUAAAGAGGCCAAUGAACUUGCUCUGCCCAGAACGUGGAGUGCAUCUAGCAGGGCUCAGCUGGGCAAAUUUCCAGUAUUCACAAGCCAAACUGGUCCUUACGCACCAUCCAUCAGCAAUGGCCUAAUCUCUGGUACUAAACGCAACCUUAGCCCAGAGAAACUGCCACCAUCAAUCACAAAUUACUCCCAGGGUUUACGCUCAGUAAGUAGCAAUGAGAAAUCAACCCAGAGAAACGUCCAGUCCUAUCUCUUCACGAACCCUGGAACCACUUUUGUCAAACACGACACAGCUAAUAAAGUCAUGGAUGAUGGACAAAAAACAUUAAGUGGGCUCAACACUUUUCCUGUAAUGCCAAGUAAGCAGAGCCCCCCUGCCCCAAAACCUUACAGCAAGCUUUCAUCUACUUUUGAACAAUCACAUGUGUCAAAUAGGAAAGAUCCGAUCAGUGAAAUACAGCAUUUCUCUAAUAAUGUCAACCCACUCUAUAAUAGUGUCAACGUAGUCCAGUACGGCAGUCAGACCUACUCUGAAGAAAAGACAAAUGGUGUCAGCAAAUAUCAGCCUGAGCUUAGCAUAUAUCGUUCCCCCCUACGUACUGCAGCACACACUCCCUCCCGAACCUCCCUAGGUCCCGUUUCAGACAAAGGCAAGGAUUUGAAAAGUUUUGCCCCUAUUCCACUUGUGAAUUCCCAGGAUACUGAUGCCCCUGGCAGUGACAAACUUACAGUAAGGAGCCAGGUCACCACUGCUCAACUUGGAGAAUGGGCACGUGGAUCCAAACUUGGACGAUCCACAAAAAGUAUCUAUGGCUUCAGAGGGUUUAAAUAUAAUCCUCGGUGGACAGCUGUGGGGGAGAAUGGAAAGGCAUCUGUUCUCCCAUCCAGAGGCGCUAUAGGAAGGACCAAAUCCCAGAGAUACAGCUUUGAUAAAACUAUGGACUACAGACUUAAAAGUGCAAGUGUAUAUCCCUCUUUGUUUCCAAAGUAUGGUUUUGGUGAGAGCAGAACGAAACCCACUGCUGCUCCACCUUCUCUAUCUGAAACAAAGAGGCGACCCACAGGUUAUUCUGGGCCUAAUGUUACCAGAGAUGCCGAUGCAAACAAAACCAGUGAACCUGUCUCUACAAGUUCAGUGUUUCUUCACAUUAAAUCCUCUCCCAGGGACUAUAAAUACAAGACAUCUGCGAAUGUCUUUUUCCCUGGACUCCCAGUUGUAUCUAAAACCUCACCCACUCCAGGAAUUUCAGUGGAUGAUGAUCAAACCACGUCUGUUUUUACUCCAAAGGCAUUCAAGUCAGGUGCUGAGGAUGUCCAGCCUUUUGUGGGUAAUAAUCCAGAUGAGCGGCAAUUCAGAAGUAACAAAAGGAUACAUGCUCUCAAAGGAUUAUAUGCUCCACCAUUUCGCACUGCCACCUCUGAGCAGGUAGAGGGUGCCAAAACUUUAGUCACUGGCACUGACAAGUCUGACACAGUCCUGCAGGGUCCUGAAAGCUUUGGAUCUAGCAGCUCACAGAUCUGGCAACCCAAAAGUGGUACAAUCCAGAGGCGGUAUGAGCCUUUCACUUUCAAGUCAAUGCAUAAACAGAAUUCAGUGAGAAAUGGUCCAAGCUCUGCCCCAGUUGAAGCAGGUAUCCACAAGGAUUACAGUGAAAACAUCAAGAUUGAAGCAAUAUUGAGGCCUGAUAUAAUCCAGUCCAUUUCACACUCCAGUGCACCAACAGAAAAUGAGGCCAUAAUUGAUAGAUCCUCCAGUCACAAUGUGAAUAUCACCAGAACAAACUCAGAUCUCAGGCCCAAGGGCUCAAUCGAUCCAAAAGAAGCAACCUCUGAAUUUAAUCCCUUCAUUCCAUCAACUUACAAACUUUUCAUAAAUUCUGGUGUAUCCACAGAUGUAUUUUCCGCUGCUCGCACUGAGAUAAAGAAUGUCCAGGGGUCAAAGGUCUCCAGUAAAACAAGACUUUCAAAUGUCCAUCUUGGAUCUGAUGAGAAUCAAACAGCCCUUACUGAAACAGAGCCAGAUAACAUCAGCGCAACAUCCACACAGAGCAUAAAUGACCUAAGCAGUAAAGACCUUAAAUCACUUCCAAAGACAGCAGGAAGCAUAGCAUCAGUCACGCAUAGUCGCCAUGUGUAUGACAAACACAAAAAGAGCCGCAAAACCUACGCUUUUCUGGGAUUUCAGUCAGCUCGGAGCAAAAUUGGAGGUACACAGAACAAAACACAUUGGAAUAAUGCAGAACAAAACACAACUACAGCCUCGCCGACUCUGAGACAUUCCUCAGCUGUUCCUGCAUCAGCAAUGGACCCCAAAGAUGAUCCACUCCCAGGCAAAUCCAGCCCAGCCCCAAAGUCAAGAGCACGCAACAAUGCCAAGCCUAAUCCAAUGAAGGCUACACUUCUCAAACCACAAACGUCCACCUACAGCAUGGUGAGAGGUAAUCGUGUGCAGGGAAGAAUCAUCGGUGGCCAAAAUCAUAUUAAAUCUAAUGACACCGCUCUCAACAGUGACAUGAGAAAUGCACCCAUAUUCAGGCCGCCCAAGCAUCCCAUCAGCAUCGAGGCUAUUAUGUAUGCUGAUAUUCUAGGAAGUGCGUCGUUUAGUGGUAUCAGAGAGAAGACAGGAAACACCACAGCUUAUAAUCAGUCCGUUUCCAACACUACAGUUACAACCACCGAAAAAACAGAGGUCGAUGCACCUCAAACUGGGAAUGUUUCGGAAACCAAGGCUGAAACCUCAGAGGAUGCAGCACACAUUAGUGGGGAGGAGGACGGAGCUACAGAAGCGCAAGCCAAAGGUGAGAUGGUGGAUGGUGGUUUCAGUCGUGGCAAGACAAACAUAUCAGGGACUGGAAUUGAAGAUGCGGACAAUAAAGUGACCUCAUCUGAUGCACUCCUGGACGAAGAGGGAAGUGGAGGUUUAAAUCUGCCUGACAAUUUGCCAGCUGUGUCAUCUGCUGCAUCGGAGAGUCUGGGUGAAGAUUUGUUGGAAUUAAAUUAUCUACAGAUAGCAACUGGUAACACCUCCUUCAAGUCAAUGAAACUAUCCCAUGCAGAUAAAUGACAAUUUUGUCAGCAUUAAAGCGUGUUUUUGUGCAGAAGAACUCCAAUAAAUGGUAACUGUGUAA